AUGGCUGAUACGGCCAAUCAAAAAGAGGCUCAACUGAAGUGGGCCCGUUUGCGCUCGAAGUGGCAGCAGGCAUGCAAGCUGCCUGGCCAUGGGACUUGGCUGGAUGUGAAGCUCGCACCUUGGGGUGUUGGGUGCAAAGCUUGCAAAGCAGCUGGACUCACAGGCAGCCUUGCCCAGUACGGGGUGAGGACGACAGCUGGCCUCCAGAUGCAGAACUUCUUGAAGCAUCAGAAGAGCGCAAGCCACAAGGAGGCAGUGUCACAGUUUGUGGGCGGUUCCAGCUCCACUGCAGUUGGAGCUCCCCCACCUCAGAGCUUUCAAGCACUUAUAGACGAGAUUUCGGCUGGAAGGCCUCCUGGCUGCAGAAAGAACAGGCAAAUGACUUUUUGCUUGGCUGAAGCCGCAAAAGCUCUAGACCAGGACUUCGUGGCCAAGGCUUCAAAGGUGUGUCUUUUCAGAGACGAGCGAAAAGGACGGUUGCUGCUCAGAUUCCGGGCUGUUGACAAAAACCUGCUUGUCCGAAGUGGCACCAUGGGGUUGGCUAUCCAGCCAGGCACAGGGGCGAGGAACAUUACUGAAGCGACUCGAAAGAUCAUGAAACGAUUUUGCACACGCUUCGCAGGCUGCCCCAACUCAUCACGCAAAGACAAGAAGGCAAAACCUUUCCUGAAAGUGAAACUCUUCAAGCACCUUACAGAGUCUGUUACUUGCAUCGCAGUUGACGCCGCCGCAGAUGAAGUUCUGAGCUCUGAGCUCAUGCGUGCUUCGGCGUGGAACGGCAGCCAACAGAAGCUGACUCCCAAUCUUCGCUUCGUGGUUCGUGACAAGGCACACGCCAGUCGCCGAAUUACGUCUCGUCCUUGGAGUGCGGAUGAUGUGCUUAAAGAUGUUAUGCAGUUCAUGUGCGGCGGCCGGCAUUCUAUUGCUAAGUUGCUUCAAUUUAGCGAAGAAAUCAAGCGUAUAUUCGUGGAAUUUACAACGAGCACCGACACGGUGCUAAAGCGGGCAGUCUCCGAUUUUCGUGCUGCUGCACAUCGCUUCGAAUCACACGCUAAACCACUUGGCCGCACAUGCCUCUACAUUCAUGCUUGUAUCAGAACAGCUCUGCGCCUUACCAAGACUCGCAGCGACGCAAGUGGGCAAAAGGCAAAGGCAUGGCUCUUGUGGCUGUCGGAAGAACGGGCUCUUCUGGCAGCGAUGUUGGCUGAUGCGGCCGACUCGUCCAUUCGGCUGACUCGGCUGAUGGACACUGAGAGCGUUGAUCCGGCCAUGCUGUGCCGCGAGGUGUCUUUGUAUAUGUCUUCUGUGAAGGGACUGUUCCUGCAUGGUGCUUGCUUUACGGAAUUUGGCUUUACAUCGACGAUGUUGGAGACACUGAAAACACCCAUCGUUUUUCAGUUGGGUUCUGAAACGAAAAGCUUUGGUGACAGCAGCGGUGUGCCCGAGGAGAUCAAAAAGCGGUGCCUGGCCAGGAUGCAAGCAUGGCUUAAACUUGCUGAAGCGGCGGUAGCUGCGGAAUUUCCUUCCUUCGAGAUUGCUCAGGCUUUCGACGUGUUCGACCUCAGCGGUGGCUCUCACAACGCCGACGAGAAGCUCCAGCGGGUCGCCAAAGCCUGCAACCUGGACGAGCAGGCGCUGAAAGCACAGUGGCGGGAUGUUUAUCCACGCGCCGAGAGGCUUCUGAAACAGAGCACGGACAUGAAUGCCAAGAACAAAGAUGCAUGGGCCUUGGCUUUGGACCGUUUAUGCCAACAUCACUAUACGAAAGGCCAACACCCGGUCGAAAUCCUCAGAGAAGCAUUGAUCCAGUACUUUUCUUUUGGGGCCAGCAGUUCCGGUGUUGAACAAAGCUUUUCAAAGUCCCAAUGGGGCUUUGGCACACGCAGAAAUUCUGCUCUUCAUUCCACUGAGGAAUUUUCAGUCAAGGCUUUACUUGACCUUCCGGCUGUUGCGGCCUCGCAAAAAGACCGGCUGAUUCGGCUGGCUCGGCUGACCUGGGUGAGCUGCUUCGGCCAGUCAAGGUCAUCAACGGCUGAAAGGGUAGACAAAGGCAGCAAAAGAAAAACCGAAGACGACGAAGAAGCUAAGCCUGCAACGGAGGCUGCUUUUUUGCGCAAGCGCCGACGUGGUGAGGCGCUGGCUGCUGGGCGCAUGGAAGGCAACUCUGAGGUUGCUCUUGACCUGCACGAGCAAGUUUGGACACAAAAGCACCAGAAGGAACUGGAAUUUCAACAGAGGAAGAGGAAGAUGCGAAAGCUUCAAGCCUUCUCCGAGAAUUCUUUGCUGCAACGCGAAAUAGAGGAUGGUAUGCAGCAAGAAUCCGAAGCAUGUCACAAAAACAUGAUACAAAGGGAAACCGCCCGUCGAACCAAAGAAAGAAAGAUGCUUCGGGCAGAAAAAGGCUGCUCGCGAGCCGACUUAAAGGCUGCCUGGGCAGGAAAGAAAGUUUAUCUGGCUGUUCCGGCCAAUAUGCACUUAGUGCAGGGAAUAUCAGACAUGGGCCUUGCGGUCACGAACCAAGCGUCCGCAGCGACAGUUAUUGUUUGUUCCAAGCCCGGACAUAUGCAAGACCCGCGGCUUCGAUUGCUUGCUGGGCUGCAAGGUUCCUAUGAAGUCGCUCCUUCAUUUUUUCUGACUGGUCAGGGCGCGGUACUGAAGAGGCGGGCGGCUGCUGCGAUCAAGCGAGUGCUCAUUGUGUCCAAGGCAUGCGCCAAAAAAUGUCCUAAGUUCUGGAGAUUCCUGCGAAGCUGCCUGCCGGAAAAUCACAAGUGGACAAUGGCCAAAACGGCUUUGUCCGCCAUUCGAGCAGCACACGGACGCUUCCCGAAGAAAAACGUCUGGGUUGUCGUCCUUCCCGGCCAGCGAAAUCACCAGGACAUUCAAGGGCUCCCGAAUGUGUUCACGAUGCGGUCGUUGCCAAAGCGCAUCUGCAACAGCUUUGACCCCGGCCUCUCCAGAAGUGGCUCUGCGCUGACGUGCUUGGACAGCGCCUGGCUGGCCUUGAAACGCAUGAAAGUAAAAGCUCAGCUUUGCUUUAACAGUGACAGUGAUGCUAACUGCAAAAAGCUGCUGCAAAAGAUCCACAAGCCUGAGGCCUUUCACGACGACAUUGCAGCCAGGAAGCCGCAAAGUGAACAGUACGUGGACCUCUACGUAACAACACCGCCAUGUCAGCCGUUUUCCAUGGCUGGACAAAAGAAAGGCCUCAAAGACAAGAGGGGGCAACUGCUAAAAUUUAGCGUUGCUUUUGUCUCUCGCCAAAAGCCAAGAGUGGUGGUGCUUGAGAACGUGGCAAUGUUCGCAAGUAAAAAAUUCAAGCCAGUAACCCGAGGACUGCAGCGAGCGUUCAAGAAGCUUGGCUACGUUUGCUUCGCGCGAGUCUUGAACAGCGCAGACUUCAAGGUCUCGCAAGCCCGUCGUCGUUUCUUCUUAGUUGCGAUCCGGAAGGACAGCCUCCACCAUCCCUUUCACUGGCCGCAACCUGUGGGAAAAAGAAACUUGGAGGAUGACUUGGACCCAGCGAGGCCAAGCGACCGGCCCGGGCGGCUGCCGAAGACGAAAAGGGCUAGAGACCUUGCGUUGGCUGCUUACGGCCAAGUUUGGAAGAAACAAAAGCUAGAUCCCAGACAGGUCCCAGUUGCCGUGGACAUUGACUGCUCUCCCCGAUUUGCUUCCUACGGCGUGAACCAAUUGAAAACUUUGACAAAAUCAAGAGGCAGCUGUGGCGGCCACUGGCUGUCCAACCGAGGCCGCAAAAUGACGAUCAAUGAAUUGAUGCGAGUGACGGGUAUCAACCCCAUCGAACUCCGUGGCUACAAAGAAGAAGGCAUCAGCGAUGCUCAACUCGGCGGCAUGCUGGGUAACAGCAUCCCUGUGCCCCUCAUCUUAGGAGUGCUGACGCAGGCCAUGAAAGCAGGAGGCUUGUUGUUUGUGCCCAAAGGACAAAAGGAGACUUAG